AUGGCUGCCGCAGACGCGUUCCGCCUGGCGUCGGAGGACCUCGGGGUCGCGCGCAUCGGACCCAACCCGGCCGGGACCGUCGACGUGACCAACGACCUGCUCAAAAAAAACCAUGAGCGGUGGCACAUGUACUUCCGCGACGUGGCCGGGCACAACCACAUCCCGCACGCGCUGCUCAGCACGCUCGCCAUGGGCGGCAGCGCGCAGGACCUGCGGCGCGCCUACGACGACGGCGAGGCCAUCCAGCGGCCCAUGCCGGCCGUCGACUUCGCCGCCGUGGCCGAGCUCGCCGACCCCGCCAAGUUCCGCGCCCGCAUGCAGACGCUCGACGAGUACCCGACAUUCCUGGCCUUCUUCGAGCGCGAGAUCGCCGCCAAGGGCUGGCAGGCCGUCGUGAGCGAGCACGUGCUCGCCCGCACCCCGCUGGCCGACUUCAUGCUGGCCCAGAUCUACGAGGGCCUGUACCACCCCAUCAUCCACCUCGGCUUCGGCGUCGAGUUCGGCCUGUCGGGGCUCGUCGCCGAGGGCCUCGCCCAGACCGCCAGCCACGACCCCAUGUACAUCGACGUCUUCUUCAACAAGGCCGAGCAGCUAGCCGCCUCGGGCACCGUGCCCCCCAAGCCCCUGCUCGCCCUCUACCACGAGGCGCGCGCCAACCCCAAGAUCCGCACCGCCGCCCGCGGGCCCGACGGCCCGUGGAAGGUGCGCGACGGCGUGCUGGGCCGUGCCCUCGACGACAUGGUCGCCCUGGCCGCGCAGUUCCAGGUCGACCCCACGGACCCCGCCGCCGUCGAGCGCGCCACCGCCGAGAUGAUCAGCUGCGCGGCGUGGACUUGCGCGGCGGUGCACCAGCCCGGCAAGGAGCGCAAGAUCGACUUCUUCCUCAUGCACAACGUCACCAGCUCGCUGUUCCUGACCGUCUUCAACGCGCAGCCGUGGAUCUCGCUGGCCGACAAGGCGCGCCUGGUCGAGUGGAAGGCCCGCCUCGACCUCGUGUGGUACGCCGCCAGCGCCGCCCCCGAGCUGCGCGCCGAGUACGCCCUCGACUACGAGCCCACGCUCAGCAAGGGCAUGGGCUGGCCCGAGCUGUACGCCGAGCUCAACAAGCACCACGACGACGGCCACGUCGCCAAGUUCGUGCGCGCCCUCAAGAACGGCGCCGACGCCACCAAGCCCUUCGAGGCCGGCCCCGCCGCCGCCGACUUCCCCGUCAAGGGCGACGACUUGUGGCUCAAGAUCGCCCAGCUGUGCUACGACUCCACCAUCAACCACGUCGACGGCCAGCGCAAGUGGGUCUGGGGCUCCGGCUUCGCCCCCAUGUGGGACCGCGUGCCCGACUUCCUGAUCGACGAGCAGCCCCAGCUGCGCAACAUCUAG